GUAUGUAUAUAUAUAUAUAUAUAUGUGUGUCUGUGUAUAUAUAUACUCUUUGUAUACUGUAGAACACAAUCAUACACGUUACAAUGUGCAGUGAAAGUUGUUCUCUGCAUUUUACCCAUCCUAACUAAUUAGGACCAACUCCAGUUGUAAUGCCAGUACCUAAAGCAAGGGCAACGGCAGGAGUUACCUAGCACGCAUGUCUUUAUGGUGGGAGGAAACCCACGCAAACACGGGGAGAACAGCCUGGCUCCCAGACUGCAGAAAGAACAAAUAUAAACACUCAUUUGUUCCUCUGUCAAUAUCUCCGCUGAAUCAACCAAGGAGGGCAAAGAAGUGAUACUUCCCCCACCCCCCCACACUUUCAUCUAUAUAUUUAUGGCUAUUUAAGACCACUCUUGCAGGACAGGGCCCCCCUCAUAUUAAUUCAUUAUUUAUUUAUGUUAUUACUGAUGCCUAUAUGUUUUUAGCUUUUUGUCUUUAGGUUGUUGUGUUGUAAUUGUUGGCGCUUGUAUGGCAAGACAAACUUCCGUGUCUACCGACAAUAAAGUGCUAUCUAUCUAACUAUCUAACAUGCAGACUCCACACAGAAAGUCCUGCCCGGACUGGGAAUCGAACCAAUCCUUACCGUGCUGCCACGUGUGUAUCUACUACACGGGUGUAAACAUGUUGCGUAAUGUGUAGAGUAAGAGAUCAGGUGGCUCUUGGCAAUUGGCCAAAAGAAGAACCACCUCUCAAUGCCAGGAGUCCAUAAAAAGUCUGUAGCUUUCCUCUCCACAUCAUCACCUGUGAACCUGCAAGAUGCGUCUGACUCAGUCCCUGUUCAUCCUGGUCGUCAGCCUCCCGGCCCUGCUGUGUUACAGAGCUGUGUGGCAGUUCAGGGCGAUGAUCCUCUGCACUGUACCUGACAGCUGGCCCGUGCUGGACUACGCUGACUAUGGCUGCUACUGCGGCCUGGGAGGCUCCGGCACACCUGUUGAUGAGCUUGACAGGUGCUGUCAGAUCCACGACCAGUGCUACAGUGAUGCCAUGCAGCUGGACGAAUGCUGGCCCAUCUUUGACAACCCCUACACCGAACUGUACAGCCACAGGUGUGACAAGGCCAGCAAGAGCGUCACCUGCCUGGAUGACAACAACCCCUGCGAGAGGUUCAUCUGUGAGUGUGACAGGAAAGCAGCCAUGUGUUUCGCCAAGGCAGAUUAUAAUGAAAGAAACGCCAACCUUCCCAGCGAACGCUGCAAGUAGGCCGAGGGACUCGGAGAGAAACACGCAGAAGAGUGUGUCUUUAUUCAAAAUCAACAAGUGUCAUUGUAUUCAUAGUUAGUGUUUUGUUGUCUCCAACAAAUGCCACGCACACGUACUGUAUAUGCAACUUUUAUCCCUUUUUGUGACUCUCAAAAUUAAUACAUUGAUAUCAAAAACA